CCUCCCCCUCUCCCGGCGCGGCCAUGGCGUGGAGCCUCCGGACCUGGCUGGGCGGCUGCCUCCUGGUGUCAGCACUGGGAAUGGUGCCACCUCCCAAAAACAUCAGAGUGAAUUCAGUUAAUUUCAAGAACAUUCUGCAGUGGGAAUCACCUUCACCCAACGGGAAUCUGACUUUCACGGUUCAGUUCCAAAGUUUUUCCACGUCGUUCAAAGACAUAUGCAAGAGUACUAACAUCACGGCGUGCGAUUUCUCAAGUCUUUCCAAGUAUGGCGACCACACCUUGAGAGUGAGGGCUGAAUUCGCAGAUGAUCAUUCAGACUGGGUGAACAUCACCUUUCAUCCCAUAGAGGAAACCAUUGUUGGACCUCCUGGAAUGCACGUAGAUGCACUUGCUAAUUCUUUGCAUGUGCGCCUCUUUUCCCCCAAAAUUGAUAAUGAACCUGAAGCAUGGACCAUGAGGGAUAUUUAUAAUUUAUGGAUUUACAAUGUGCAAUAUUGGAAAAACGGCUCUGAUGAAAAGGUUUCCGUUAACUGUCACUAUGACUCCGAGAUCCUCAAAGGUCUGGAGCCGUGGACAGCCUACUGUGUGCGGGCUCAAGUGCUUAUUCCUGAUUGGAACAAAACUGGGGAAUGGAGCGAGCCUGUGUGUAAGGAGACAGCGGAAGACAAGACACUCGCCUCCUGGAUCAUCGGCCUUGUGGUCCUCGCGGUCUCGGUGUGUGUGGCCUUCCUGCUGUUCGGCUGCUUCGCCCUGCUGUGGUGCAUUUACAAGAAGACCAAGUACACCUUCUCCCCCAGGAACACUCUUCCUCAGCACCUGAAAGAGUUUCUCAGCCACCCUCAGAACAGCCCCCUUCUGUUUUUCACCUUCCCGCUCUCUGACGAAAAUGAAGAUUUUGACAAACUGAGUGUGAUUGCAGAGGUCUCUGAAAGCAGCAAGCAGAACCCUGGCUCCUCUGAGCUGGUGUCAGGAGGAGACACACCCCAGCACCCAGAGCAACCCCCAACUCACGUCGACCUCUGAGGGCAACCAGACCCACAGACGUACUGAGACCACCUGAGCAGGCCCUGUAUCUGGGACUCUUAAAACGCCAGGACAACAUCAAAACAGCCAAAGAGGUAGAUUUUAAAGGCUCACUUGGCAAAAACACUCCAGCUUGGGAAGUUGCUGCUUUAUACAGGCCUCAAUGGUUUAAAAAACUGUUGACAACUGACUGAACUCAGCCUCUUAGAUGCACUCAUAUAAGGAGCAAGUUUUAACUGGGAGAAAUGGAAAUAUUUAAGACAGGAGGACCGACACUGGAGGCUGUAACAUCCUGCCGACUGCCGAGGUCUGCAAAACAGCCUCAGCUCAGUGGGGCCGAUGGCUGUUCGGAGCCCACCUUUCUGGAUUCUCAGGGACGCUGCAGCUGGGUUCAUUUUUCUACUGUAUCUUUUAUAUAGCACUGGUGCUCCAUUAAAAUUUAUU